AUGCACUCUUCACAGACGCUAACUGUGUCCGUUUGCUGGCUGCUCGCUGUAAUCAUACCGCCAGGGGGCGUUGUUGGCACUAUUCGUCACCAUCGGGCCGUAGAGAGAAACGACAUCGGCGUGCUGUCAUCAUCAUCGUCAUCAUCGUCAUCAUCGUCUAUGACAGCAGACGACUGUCGCCUGACAUACGAUAUCGGAGCAAGCAAUGAACUGGUGUGUGCGCCAGCAGACUUCGCGCUCGGAAAACGUAUGAAUGCCACUCAAACUGCGCCCGGGGAAUGCAUCUUCUGCUUCCAUCGCGAACCCGGGCAAGUGCUGCUCUCUUUCGAGGGUGAGGUGGUAUCACCCAACCAUCCGGGUCUGUACCCUCGCAGCACGAGCUGUAUAUACGCGUUCCUUGCCAGCCCGGGAGAGCUGGUUCGCCUAAGGUUCACGCAAUUCAACGUCGAGGGAAUAUAUCCAUGCCUUAAUUGGACGCAAAGUGAUUACGUGGAACUGUCGAAUAAUAUCCGACAAACAGACCGGAAGUAUCCGCGUUUGUGCGGAAACCAACGACCACAUGAAGAGAAAGAAUGCAUCGUCUCGAAGUCGAACUUUUUUAGACUGACACUCGUCUCUAACGCCAUCUACGAUUCUACGGGAUUCUCAGCGCACUACGACUUUAUUAACAAGAGCGUUGCCCAUCCAGAGGAUGACGGUCACGUGAAAACCGCAAAACAUUUAUGCGAUAUCGCCCUAUAGAUGGCAGCACAAUAUAGUACUGUCUGCGAUGCCUUAUCGUUGAUGUUCGAAGUGCUAACAUGUAAAAUUGUUCAAUGUUAAAUGUUUCGUAUCUUACCGAACCGACCUUGAAAGAUAUUUUGUGACGAGAGUUAACAUCUACGUGUAUAAAUUAACUGCAUGUAUUUUUUAUUUCGUUGACGAAUUUUAUAUUGUAAGUUGACAGAAAUGCUAGGGUGAUGGAGGACAUCCAGCGGCGAGUUAUUUUAGCAAUAAAUAUAUUAUAUUAUAUUAUUAUA